AUGCAAGAACAGAGCACUUCCCGGAACAAGACACUCAGCUCCCUGGAAAGUGCCAUCAUCAAACUGAAGAACAACCUCCAGAUACAAGACGGCAAGAGCGAAAUGAACGCGCUGCUCGGCGACUCGCCUCUCGAGGACACCAAGACAAGUAAGAGCAAUAAUUCCGCGAGUAGUCCGAAUUUAAAUGUAUCGAUAGCAUCCGCAGCGCUGCUACAAGAGAAUGUGUUGCAAAGGUCCUUACAAGGUGUCGUUAUAUCUCUCCAAAAUGCGAUGAUGAAUUCGCUGCAACAGGCGGCGAUGCUGCCGUCCAAUUCCGCCGCGGCGGCCGCUCUCAACUUGCAAGCUUUAGAAUCGUAUCUGACGUUGCAACGUCUCACCACCGUUUCGACGGUAAAUAGUCCGCCUGAGAAUAGUUCCACGUCGAAGCAGGAUAUCUUGCGAAUAGCGACAGCUAGCGCGAAGAUAAGUGAAACCGAUGUAUCCGAAAGCACAUUGAAGGUUGCGUCACCCAAAUCGCCGGAAGAAUAUCCGUUACCUGAUUCUGUCGCUGCGGACGACGUUGACCUAUCCGAAGAAGUGGAGGAGGACUUAGCGUUAUUAGACAAUGAAGAUGAAUUCACUCUGGAACAACAUUUAGAAGCGACUUCCAAAGGCUACAGUUUCAGUUCUUCGCAGAACUUAGAUAACGGUUACCCAAGUCUUUUAAUGAAUGCUAUGUAUCAACAGCAAAUGAACGGACCAGCUCAAUCCACAUCGCCUCCGCCUAACUCAUCUAGCUCAAAAUCCGCCAAUAGUUCUACAUCGUCCAGCAGUAGUAUAUCAAACAAACAGAAAGCGACGAGUGGGCCCAGAACAAAGAAACAGUUUAUUUGCAAAUUCUGCAGCCGCCAGUUUACUAAAUCAUACAACUUAUUAAUACAUGAAAGAACACACACAGAUGAACGGCCCUAUUCUUGCGAUAUAUGCGGGAAAGCCUUUCGACGACAAGAUCAUUUAAGAGAUCAUAGAUAUAUACAUUCUAAGGAGAAACCGUUCAAGUGUCUAGAAUGUGGAAAAGGCUUCUGCCAAUCAAGAACGUUAGCGGUUCACAAAAUCCUUCACAUGGAAGAGUCUCCACAUAAGUGCCCGGUCUGCAGUAGGAGCUUUAACCAGAGGUCCAACUUGAAGACCCACCUUCUAACUCACACGGACAUCAAGCCGUAUAAUUGUUCGUCUUGCGGUAAGGUCUUCAGGCGAAACUGUGACCUCAGGCGUCAUAGCUUAACUCAUAAUUUAGUUGGUAUGGCGUCUGUCAGUACAUCGCCGAGCGGUAGCAACGGAAAGAGUCCACUGUUAAACCCAAACUUCCCGAUAGACAAUUUAGACACGGAGGACGAGAAUUCAUAG